CGGCGACAUUUGCCGAAUGUCUAACCGUAUUUCCUGUCUGCCUACUGUCAAAAUAAAAAAGCCUACUAGUGCCGAAAAAAAUAUAUUAAAAAAAAGUAUAAUUCUCUCUGAAAUGAUCAGAGGUGGGUAAAGUAACCUAAAACUGUUCUCUAGUAAUAAAAGCAAAAGGUAUUAUGCAGUAAAACUACUCCUACAAGUAUUUUUCUUGAGUUACUGAAGUAAAUGUACUUGAAGUUUAACCUAUAACAAUCCACCCCAAGUAAAAACCACUUACAUGUUCUAGGUGAAAAGCAGAAUGCAGUUUCCUCACACUGACGCCAGGUGGCGGUGUUUGCGCAGUGAAAUUAGAAACACUCUUUUCGAACCUCACAGCUGCCGCAUCACAUCUGAAUCUGUGAACAUGGCCUCGGCUGCCCUUGUUCGCCUGCUCAGGCUGUCAGCUGUCAGGAACGGGCGCCUCUCACCGCGGAGACCCUUCAACGCCCCGGGGAGGACCGUGACGCCGAGCCGGAAAGCCGUGUGCACAUCAAGCGGCGCCAUUCUGCCCAAACCCAAGAAGACCCCCUUUGGCCUCUUCCGGAUUGCUCUGGUAGUGGUUCCCUUCUUAUAUGUGGGGACUCAGAUCAGCAAGAGCUUUGCGGCGCUGCUGGAGGAGCACGACAUAUUCGUUCCGGAGGAUGACGACGACGAUGACUGAGGACUCCGUGGGAUCAUCAGAUGUUCGUGUUUUAAUCGCUACCAAGUGUCUGUACCCACCAAUGUAGAGAAAUGCCUUCCUGGAGGUCCUGUUGCUGUGACUCUAAUUCACCUCUGCCUGCACUUGUUUCAGGGAUUUUGCUGUUAUUUGACAGACACAAGACUGUCGCUCCAUUUUUGUAUGGUACUGUAUUUGCUUGCACUACAGGAGUCUUAAUAAAAAGAAAAAUAUACAAAAUGUCA